CGGUGCCCCCCGGUUGCGCGGUUCGGUGUCCCCAUGGCGACGUCUCGCCAGCAGAGCCGGAUCCAAGCCUACCUGGAGCGGAACCGGAUCGGGCCCCUGUUUGAGGAGUUGAUGACCAAGCUAAUAACAGAGACACCUGACCAGCCGAUCCCAUUUCUCAUUGACCAUCUUCAGUCUAAACAGGGCAGCCGCAGUCAGCUACAGAGAACCUUAUCUGGAUCUGCAGCCCUCUGGGCAGAGAGCGAAACCUCAGAACCCAAGGGAACAAGAAGAGACUUUAGAAGUUAUGAUAAGCCCUGGCAGGUAAAUGCAAAGAAGCCUAAAAAGUCAAAGAGUGACCUUGCCGUAUCUAACAUUUCUCCACCUUCACCGGAAUCAAAAUCAUUGCCAAGGUCGAUAGACCAUCCUAAAUGGGACUGGCGGACCAAACCAGAAAACCAUGAUUUUGAUGAAUUAAACCAUAUCCUCCAAGAGAGUAAGAAGCUGGGGAAAGCCCUUGAAAACCUCUCUCGCAGCAUUGCUAUUUCAGAUGAACUUGAUAAGGACACAAUGGCUUUUAACUCAUCUCUUCUGAGACCCCGUGUGAUUGGGGAAUGGGUCGGCCGGGAGGAAAACGAUGCCGAUCCCCUGGCCGCUGAGAUGUUGCAGCCCCCGAUUCCCAGAAAUAAAAAUGAACAGUGGGAAAGUGAAGAGAGCAGCCCCAGUCCUGGAGGAAGCUUAAAAGUGGAACCGAAGAGUAAAGGAUUAAAACAUCAGCAACAACAACAUAAGAAACUUCUGGCUGCAAUGCUGUCUCAAGAUUCCUUUGAUUCGGUCCACAGUCCUACUCCAUCCGUAACAGAAGAUGAUAUUGACAAUGAGGAUGAUGCAAUGGAAUUGCUGGAAGAUCUUGACGAUUUACGGAUGGAAGGAGUAACGUCUCCGAUGCCUUCUGGGAGCAAAUUGAACCAAACUAGGGCUCAUGCCGCCGAACCUCAGGCAAAGGUCACCUUGAACAUCUGCUCCCGGUGUGCCAGGUUACAAGGUGAUAACUUGGAAGAUGGAAUAGAAGAACCUGUGCAGGUCCUCCUUAACACUGUGGAAGUGGCUCCAGAUCCUACAGCUUCUGAACUGGGGACUAACUCGAUGAUGGAGAGCGAGGAAGAAUUUGAGAGUGCCUCUCAAGUAACGGGAUCCCACCAGCCAAUCUGGGAUCUGGAUAAUUUAUCUGCCAGAAGUGCAAACUCUCCAAGCCAGAAGCUCUUAAAAGAUUCCUUAGCCGUAAAAGAACUACAGAAUAUGGAGAAGCAUCUUGCAGAUAUAGAAAAGGAUCUGGCCCUGUGGGAAGAAGCGAGAUUGUCAAGAAGCCCGAACUGCCAGCAGGGAACUGCGGCUUCACCCGACAGCUACGGAAAUCCGCAGUCCCCGUCAGGCCUCGUCCCGAGACUCCGAGAGACCAGCCAUUCCGGGAGGGCCAUCCCGUCUCAGCCACGCGUGGCCAAGUCGCCGCCAUCGGUGAUGGGGGGCCAGGUCUCUGGGAUCUCCAAGAGCAGGGCCCAGGUGCCCCCGGUCCAGACCGACAGGACGCAGACGUCGCCAGCAGCGGGAAGCCGGCCUGCGACUCCCAGCAGCUUGGCUCCACGACCACUUACCCCUGGCAACCAGGGGAAAAAGGAAGGCAUCGUUAAUAUUCAGAGGAGCAGAUCCCCGAUGUCGAAAAGCCAAGCAGCGAAGCCCCUCGGCUCCCUGUCCGCUCCGGUUGUUCAAAUAAGCGGAGGACAUGGAGGAAAUGUGACGGCCAGAAGCGGUCUCUCUGAAGAUGAAUCUCUAAAACAACUGCAGGUUGGGCAUCAGCCGUGGAUUUUGCCAAGUGACACCGAAAGUGAAGGAAUGGAACCAGAGCAGAGUAAAUGUUCGUGAGUUGGAGAAGUAUUUAAGAAUGGAGUCUGAAGUGAUCCCAAUGAUUCAAAACGUAAUCUGAAGAUUCACUCUUUAUUUUGUACAAUAAUUUAAAGAAUGGUUAUUUUUAUAAAACAAACAGUAAUUUCUGUAAACUGUGGACGAUGAACAGUUGAAUACACUGAAUCCCGGGGACACCGAACCAGAAGAAACAGGCCCACUGUGGCUGAUGAUGCAUAGCUAGCAUUCUGUGUUGGGAUUGGUUUAUAGCCUAAUUAUUUUAGAUCAACAUUUGAUAUAUAAAACUCUGCCCGAUCCAAACUCCUCUGCUUGAAGAUUUUCUGUAUUUUAAAUGGUCUAGGGUUUUCUACUCCUUAUAUUUUUAUAAUCUUUUCUCAUUUUAAAAUUACUAAACACAAAAGUAUUUAUCCAGGUGUGCCAAGAGAUGUCCCAGCGAAGUCUCACAGUGAGUUAGUGUUGCAGUCUCCAUCACUUGCCGUAUGUUACCUGGAGCAGAAACAGGUAUUGUCUCUGUCACUGCUACUUCCUAACUUUAUCCACUCUGAUAUUAUAAAAAUAGACAAGGCAUAUGUUAACUUGGAUCCAGUUAAUAAAGAAUGAAGUGUGUGUGCAUGCAAAAGCUAAAAUGCUUUAAUAUACAAGGGGCAUUAUUUACUCAAAUUAUUGGGAACCAUUCAACUUAGCCAGAUUUUUAAAAAAUUAACUUGGGUACGCUCACAAUUUAGAACAUGGAUGUGCCCUGAUAUUUGAUGAAGAGGUGAUAUUACUGAAUUUUUGAAUUCCAUCCAAACAGUUUCAUUGAGCAUGUUAUCAGCCUGUGGCCUCCUUUGUCUCAAGUUAUCUACGUUCUUUUUCUGUAUCUUGUUGCUGUACCGUGGCUGUAAACCGUGGCUGUAACUUUCAGAAAGAGUCUGAAAAGUACUACAUUAUUUAAGAAAUAAAAAGCAAAUAAAUUGUUA